AUUCCGAUAAUUGAAAGCUUAUAGUGGGUUGAGGUCGGAUUGACGCCCAACCCAUCACUACCCAAUGACAGCCCAAGGCCCAAACCCUAGCCUUCCAGAUUGAAGAGCUGAAUUUCUGCUUCUGCGGGAAGUUGAAUUUUAAAUAAACCCUGCUUCUAUAUGAGGGUUUUCUCUCUUGCUUUUCGAUUUUGGUUCCUUUUUCUUCCCGGACCUGGUCGGAAAGAUUUUUCUGCUUUUUUUUUCUUUGGUAGUUCGAUUGAAGGAUCUUUACUUGUUUUCACAGAGUAAAGAUGGGAAUUAGGGCAUUGGCGGGAAUGGAGGUUCCCAUCAUCGGUAGCGACUCCGUGAAUUGGGUUGAGGUCUCUGUCCCUUCUUCCACUUCCGUGUCGCAUGCUACUGCUACUUCUUCUGCUUCGCCGCCCUUCGCCCCUCCGACACAAGAUGCCGCCUCAUGCUCCAUUGUUGGUGAUCCUCCUACCCAUCUUAUUUGGAGAAUUCACAUAACUAUGCCUCGGGUGCUUGAGUUACUGGAGCUAUGUGCUGGUAAAGAAUUUCCGAGGAUUGGAUUGCGAAUCGUAUUUCCGGAUGCACUUUCCCCAUUUGCAUUUAUUUGCGAAUCUGAGAUUGAACAGGUGUCUGGGAAGAAGCUGUUCCUCCUCUACGCGUUAACAGUGUCAGGAGUUGCUUACCUUCUGAAACUUAAGACGAUUUCUGCUUAUGUGCCUUGCUCUGUCUUACCCCUUAACGAAAUUAUAGAGUUCAAUAUGCAAACUUAUUCUGACCACGGAGCAAUAACAGUCGUAGCUGCAACCAUGGGGUGUCUUACAGUUGGGAGAAAUGAUGGAUCUGUUGGCUGUUUCCAACUUGGCAUGCUUGACCAAAGUGCUUUAGGUUUUGCGCAUGAGCUGCGGGAUGACUCAGGCAUUGGUCGUUUGUGGGGUCUUGUGUCAAGGGGUAGAGCUGCAGGGGCUGUGCAGGAGUUGAUAAUAUCUGAGGUGCAUGGAAAAAAACUUGUUUUUGUUCUUCAUUCUAAUGGUAUAUUACGAGUGUGGGAUCUUUUCAGCCAUAGCAGGGUGUUCAGUCAUACCUUGAGUGCACCAAUGUCGACAGGAGCUAUGUUUUCCAGGUUAUGGGUGGGAGAAAUGGACCACAACAGAAAUAUUUUUCCUUUGGCAAUCUUGUGUAGAGGGACACUGGAUGUUAACUGGGAAACGAUCUCUGUAUACAGCCUCUGUUUUGGUCUGACAGACAGGAUUAUUUUGGCACUGGAGCCUUCAAUGCAGGAUAUCCCUCUGGAGACUGGGCAACUCAUUGAUGUGAAUCUUACUUCAGACAAGAUAUGGAUACUUAGAGAUAAUGGAUUGACAUUCCAUAGCUUGUUUCAUGCAGAUGGUCGAGUGGAAGAAGCACGCUUAUAUGCUUUACAUGAACUAUUUGUUGCUGACCAGUUAUUUCAAGGCUCUGAACGUUCUGUCGAUGAUCUUGUUUGGAUAACUCAUUCAGUGUAUUCUUCUGCGAAGGAUCAAAUAGCCUCUGUCCUAUCUUCAAUUUUCUUGUGUAGGUUGCUUCAUCCUGGGGUUUAUCAUACUAUUGCCCUGCGUGCAACGUUUGAAGACUACGAUAAACACUGGACAGAUUCUGAGUUCCAAUCGCUAAAUGUUGAUGGGCUUAAAAAGGAAAUUCUUUUGCUGAUUGAGCAUGAGGGUUUCAAUGAAAGUCCAACUUCAAUAUUUUAUCGCUGGAAAAAUUUUACUUGCCGCUAUUUCAAUAACUGGUGCAAGAACAAUGCACCAUAUGGUUUUCUUGUUGAGACCUCAACUGGUACUGUUGGUUUAAUCAGGAAAAAUUCAAUUUCUCUUUUUCGGUCCUUGGAGGAUAUUGAGCUUCUUAUCCAUGGCUCUUUUGAUGAGCUUAGUGACUUUGUGAGCACUGGGUUGGACUUGUUUGAUGAUAUUGAAUGUGAGAUUAUUUUUGAAGUUAUCCGCUGUGUUAGCAAUGUCAGCCAACAAUUGGGCAAAGCAGCUUCAGCUAUAUUUUAUGAAUCCCUUGUCCAUAUGCCAAUUCUUUCGUCUGGAGAUAUUGUUUCUCGCUUGCUAAAGCUGUUGGAAACCGGAUAUCGUUCAUCAAUAUCAACACUAAAUGCAACAGACCUUGGGGCGGAUAUUUCCUGGGAGAAAGGAAUAGCAGAUCACAAAAAUCUGAGGAAAUUCUCUUUUGACAUGCUUGUUUCUCUUCAUGCUCUGCACAAGAAAGCUACGUCAUGGGAAAGAGUUUUGAAUGUUGUCAAGAGCUAUUUGAAAUUUCUUGUUCCUCAAAAAACCACACAAAAUAUUGAUUCUGAAUUAGUUCUAAAUAUAGGAACAUCUGCCCUGGUUCAAGCUACUUCUCAGGUUGCAAGAGUGAUGUUUGAGUCUGCUUUUGACAUACUUCUGUUUCUGCAUUACCUUGUGGACACUAGUGGGCAGAUCCAUAUGCUCCAUGAUGAUAUAUCUCGUAUACAACUUGAAUUGGUGCCGAUGGUACAAGAAAUUAUUACAGAGUGGCUUAUCAUUCAUUAUUUUGGAACUACAGGAACAGAAUCGCCUGCCAUUGAAGAUUUCAGUUCUCAACUUUCAUCAUUAAAAAUUGAUAGCAGCAUUGAUAAAAGAUCAUGGAAGGAGAAGCUGGGCAAAUGUGACUUUGCAUUGGCUUUUAUUCUGCUACUAAAUAGUCGAAGUUCCUCUGGAGGGGAGAGCCUCCUUUCUUUGAGAAAUCUUCCUUGUCCGCACGAUUUCAUUAGUUCAGUGCGUGACUUUGCCAGCUGGAUUAUUUGGGGCACCACUGGUGAGGAGUCUUCUCGGCUUUUCAGCCAUGCAACCAAUAUUGCAGUGAUACUGCUCAGGCAUGGGCAGUAUGAUGCGGUCGAGUUUCUACUUUGUAUCGUUGAUGCACAUUUGUGCAAGGAGAAGAUAUCUGAAUGUAUUCAGGCUAUUGAUGGUGAAUGGUGCACCCUCCUCCAUCUUCUCGGAUGUUGCUUUGUUGCUCAAGCACAUUAUAGGCUACGUGGAAGUCUGAAGGAGAGGAAGCUUUGUGAAGCUGUUCGUUGUUUCUUCCGAGCUUCAUCUGGACAGGGAGCUUCUGAGGCUCUGCGGGGACUUUCUUAUGAGGCAGGGUUGCCCCCUCCUGGUUUUGGUUUUGUGUCCCCUGCAGCCUGGAAGCUUCAUUAUUAUCAAUGGGCUAUGCAGAUAUUUGAGCAAUAUAAUUUCAGUGAAGGUGCAUGCCAAUUUGCCCUUGCUGCUCUUGAGCAAGUUGAUGAAGCUGUUGCUUCAGAAAAUAAUAGCCAAGAGACACAUCUUCUUAAUGAGCCAGCAACCACAGUUAAAGGACGACUUUGGGCAAAUGUCUUCAAGUUUACGUUAGAUCUUAACCAUUUCAAUGAUGCAUAUUGCGCUAUAAUUUCAAAUCCAGAUGAAGAGAGCAAACAGAUCUGCUUGAGGCGUUUCAUUAUUGUUCUAUAUGAACGUGGUGCUGUUAAGAUUCUCUGUGGUGGGAAAAUACCUUUUAUUGGUUUAACAGAACAGAUUGAGAGAGAGCUUGCUUGGAAAGGGGAGCGUUCAGAUAUUUCAGCAACGCCGAACAUGUAUAAAUUGCUUUAUGCUUUUGAAAUGCACCGACAUAAUUGGCGGAAGGCAGCAGGAUACAUAUACCAGUAUUCAGCUCGUAUGAAAAUGGAAGCAGCUCUGAAAGAUUACCAGCAGCGAUCCUUGGCACUACAAGGGAGACUGAAUGGGCUUUCUGCUGCAAUCAAUGCACUGCAUCUUGUUCACCCUGCAUAUGCUUGGAUUGACUCUACAAGUGAGGAAAAUUCUUUUGACAAUGAGCAUUAUCCAAGUAAAAGGUCUAAAAAAUCAGAUGAAAAACAAUUUGGGAAUGAUGCUCAACCUCUAAGACCACAAUCUCAUGUUGAUCUUGAUAAACUUGAGAAGGAGUUCACACUAACGUCCGCGGAAUAUAUGCUGUACUUGGCAAAUGUGAAAUGGACAUCUGCUGGAGUGCAAAUGCUCCCUUCUGAUUUAGUUGACCUACUUGUCCAAAUGAACUUGUAUGAUAUGGCAUUUACAGUCCUCCUGAAAUUUUGGAAGGAUUCACAAUUGAAGAGGGAACUGGAAAGAGUUUUUGUUGCCUUGUCAUUCAAAUGCUGUCCAAGUAGGGCAGAUUCAUCAUUGGUUGGGAAUGAUUUCAGUAAGCAUGUUCUUUUGUUGACAUCUUCGAAGGAUGAAGGAGCUGCUCAUGGUUCAUUGGACGCAUGUUCAACUCAACAGCCCAACUGGAACAGCCAAUGGGAAACACUCGAGUUCUAUCUUGAAAAAUAUAAAGGCUAUCAUCCCACAUUACCUGUAAUUGUUGCUGAAAGUCUUCUUCGUACAGAUUCCCACAUUGAAUUGCCGCUUUGGUUGGUUGAUAUGUUUAAGACUGGCCUACAGAGAAAUACUUGGGGAAUGACAGGCCGGGAACCAAGCCCUGCAUCUUUGUUUCAACUAUAUGUUGAUUAUAGCCGAUACACAGAAGCUACUAAUUUGCUGCUCGAGUACAUAGAACGGUUCGCAUCAAUGAAACCUGCAGACAUAAUUCAGCGGAAAAGACCAUCUGCAGUUUGGUUCCCAUACACCACGGUGGAGCGGCUAUGGGGUCGACUUGAUGAACUGAUUACAUUGGGUCACAUGGUUGAUCAAUGUGAGUAUCUGAAAAGGCUAUUGCAUGGAGCUUUGCUGCGUCAUCUUAAACUGGUGAAGGUGGAUUCAGAAGAUGCUCACUCUUCUGCAGCCUGUUGAGAAAUUUAGAGACAGAAUUUGUAGUAUGCUAAUCUGUUAAACUUUGUUUGAUUCUCUACUCUUGAGGCUAUUGAUUAAUUUGAAAUUAAGAUCUCCAAGCUA